AUGUCUAACACCGACUUUCUCGGCCGCGCAAUCGACACGGUUAAAAAAGCCAUUGAGCUUGACACCGCCGGUUCCUACGAACAAGCCUACCAACAGUACUAUGCCGCCCUCGAACUCUUCAUGCUGGCCCUGAAAUGGGAAAAGAAUCCAAAGUCAAAGGAAAUGAUCCGUGCAAAGGCGGGCGAAUACAUGGAUCGAGCAGAGAAACUCAAAGCGCACAUCCAGACCAACGACUCGUCUAAUCGCAAAAAGCCCGCUGCCAUGGGAGUAAAUGGAAAAGCGGUCAACGGCGCCGGGAAAGGAGAAGCGGGAGACAAGGACGAAGAAGAUGCCGACUCAAAGAAACUCCGUGGACAAUUAAUGGGGGCGAUCCUGACAGACAAACCGAAUGUCAAAUGGGAGGACGUCGCCGGCCUAGAGGGCGCAAAGGAAGCACUGAAGGAGGCUGUCAUCCUACCUAUCAAAUUUCCCCAUCUAUUCCAGGGCAAACGGCAACCUUGGAAAGGCAUAUUACUCUACGGGCCUCCCGGUACGGGUAAAUCAUACCUUGCAAAAGCCGUGGCAACAGAGGCAAAUAGCACAUUCUUCAGCGUGAGUUCGUCGGAUUUGGUGAGUAAAUGGAUGGGUGAGUCGGAACGGCUGGUCAAGCAACUCUUCAACAUGGCAAGAGAAAACAAGCCGGCAAUCAUCUUUAUCGACGAGGUUGAUGCCCUGUGUGGACCUCGAGGCGAAGGCGAAUCCGAAGCGUCAAGACGUAUCAAAACGGAGCUUCUCGUGCAGAUGGACGGUGUGGGAAAGGAUUCCCGUGGUGUCCUGAUUCUCGGCGCUACAAAUAUCCCCUGGCAGUUAGAUGCUGCCAUCCGCCGACGUUUCCAACGAAGAGUGCAUAUAUCUUUACCGGACAAACCGGCACGGAUGCGGAUGUUUGAGCUCGCCGUCGGAGAUACGAAAUGCGAGAUGACACAGGCGGACUACAAGACGUUGGCAGACUUAAGUGAAGGCUAUUCAGGGAGUGAUAUAAGCAUUGCAGUGCAAGAUGCAUUGAUGCAGCCCGUGAGGAAGAUCCAAACAGCCACACAUUACAAAAAGGUCGUGGUUGACGGCGUUGAGAAACUUACGCCGUGUUCCCCUGGCGACCCUGGCGCAAUGGAGAUGACCUGGGUGGACGUCGAGUCGGAAAAACUCCUCGAACCUCCGUUAACCGUGAAGGAUUUCAUCCGCGCAAUAAAAGCGAGCAGGCCGACUGUAUCUGCAGAGGACUUGAAGAGGAACGCCGAAUGGACGGCCGAAUUUGGAAGCGAGGGCGCAUAG